AUGUGCGGCAUCCACUUCACCCUCUCGCGCACCCCUCCGCCCGUCGACCUCCCACCCGACCUACGCCGCUACCUCCACGCGCGAGGACCGGACCAUUUUGGCCAGGUCGACCGCCUUGUGCGACGUGUCGGCCACGGCGGCGGCGACAGUGUCGGCGAUGGCGCGGUUGAUUGGUUGCUGCGCUUUACCUCUACAGUCCUGGCCCUGCGCGGCGAUCAUGUCGCGCAGCAGCCGCUGGCUGGUGGUGACGGCUCCGGUGGAGGGUCGGUGCUGUGCUGGAAUGGCGAGGCGUGGAGGGUUGGUGGUGGUAAUGGUGGUGAGCGGGUGGUGGGGAAUGAUGGGGAGGUGGUUUUUGCGAGGCUCGCUGCUACUGAUGCUGGGCGGGUGGAUGCUGUGCUGGAUGUUCUCCGCGGCGUUGAGGGGCCGUUUGCGUUUGUUUAUUACGAUGCUGCGGCCGGCAGGGUGUUCUUUGGCCGGGACCGGCUGGGGAGGCGGUCGCUUUUGAUGGCCACGGCGGGUCAGGGCGGGCUAGCGCUGUGCAGUGUUGCUGGCGAGGCUGGGGAGGGGUGGAGAGAGGUUGAGGCUGAUGGGAUAUAUGUGGUGGAUGUGGGCGAAGAUGCGAGCCCGGAACGAUACGAUUGGGUUGUUGGCGAAGAUGCCGCUGAUUUCGUCUCCGGCAUUGGCAGGUUCAACCAAGCGCUACCCACUGGCUGCUGUCAGUUGACGCCCAGUUCACCUUCGGUGGUGGCCCUCAAGGAGCAACUACUUGAGUCGUUGAGGCUGAGAGUCCUCAACAUCCCGCUCCCACCGACACCGAGUACCAACGGCAGGACUCGAGUCGCCGUUUUGUUCUCCGGUGGUCUUGAUUGCACUGUGUUGGCCAGGUUGUGUCACGAUAUACUCGAUGUGGAUCAAGCCAUUGAUCUGCUCAAUGUCGCCUUCGAGAACCCUCGGGUGGUUGCUCAACUUCGAAAGGAGAAUAACGAUCUACCCGACUUUUACGAGGCUUGCCCGGACAGGAUCACUGGAAGGCGGUCGUUUGCAGAGUUGCAAAAAGUCUGUCCUGGGCGAGCCUUCCACUUUGUGGCUGCACACCGCCAGCAAGUCAUUUCCUUGAUCCAUCCUCACAAUACUGAGAUGGAUCUUUCCAUUGCAUACGCACUCUAUUUUGCUUCUCGUGGCCAAGGUUUCUCCACCGAAAUCCCUGGGUCCUCUCCGAUUCCAUAUCGGUCCCCCGCCCGAGUCCUUUUGUCCGGCCUAGGCGCCGACGAGCUCUUUGGCGGAUACUCUCGCCACCCCUCCGCGUUCCAACAGCGGGGCUACCCCGGGUUGAUUGAUGAAUUAUUGCUUGACGUCGGGCGGCUGGGCAAGCGCAACUUGGGCCGGGAUGAUCGAGUUUUGGCCCACUGGGGUAAGGAGGUGAGAUUUCCGUUUCUAGACGAGCGCUUGGUCAGGUGGGCCGUCGAGACCCCGGCCUGGGAGAAGUGCGAUUUUGAGAAUGGUGAGGAUGCCAGCGGUGUUGAAGCCGGGAAGAGAGUACUCCGCCUGUUGGCGCUAGAGCUGGGCAUGGUAAAUACGGCAAAGGAGAAGAAGCGCGCCAUCCAGUUCGGUGCCAGGACAGCCAAGAUGGAAAAUGGCAAGGUUAAAGGCACCACGCUGAUAUCAUGA